AUGGCGUUACAGAGGAAGAAAAGGCGCUUCUGGAUUGGGGCAACUAAUAAGGAAUGGACAUGGCACGGUUAUGAGCACAUGCUUUACACCAACUGGCUGGCCGGCUACCCAAAAGUCCAGGCCAAGUCAUGCCUCUUGCUACGGGAAAAUACGUCAAAAGGAUAUAUCUGGACCAACGCAAAUUGUACAGAGAAAAAACCUUAUAUUUGCCAAUAUCAUAAGGCAUACUAUACGCCUCAUGCUGAUGCGUCAAAACCGGCUGAAGACCCGAAAUCACCGGCAGACCACCCGCCAAACUUGACGAGUGAACCAGAUAUAAGAAGCGUUGAGGGACGAGAUACAAUCGACUAUUUCCCUCUCAUUGGCAUCUUCAUUGCUCUACUUGUGAUUCUAGUGGCAAUCUACAUCUUUAUUAUCUGCAUAGUUUACAGGAAACGACGGUCACGAAGAGCAGAUUCAGCUGAACAACUCUAUUACAACAACUCUGAUGAUAUGUUUGGCAGCAAUGGUGACCAUGUUGAUAGAAUCUCAACGAUUUCAUCAUCUCCCUCGUCUUAUGUGACCGCAAGAGACAUACAGGUACAUUCCUCGGGUCGACAGCUCGUGGAGGGGAUCACGGUCCACUCCGACGGGGACGGGACACUGUUGAAGGUUGCAUUGCUUCAUCAGGCUAUACUGGCAGAGAGAACCGAGCCAGAAAUUAGCAAUGACGAAGUUGCUGAUGCAAGAAUGUGAACAAGCUAACAGUUGGUGCAAAGAGGAGAAGAGAUCAGAAGAUAUGUAUUUCAUGGAGGCCCGAGUACGGCACUGUCCUGGUGCACUGUCCUUUACUUGUUGAGGAACAAAUGAAGCCACAAGAAAGUGCCUUCCUGUAGAAAUAACAAUAGAAAACAGUUGUU